AACAACAACGCUCUUGUUCCGGUGCACUUGGUUUAGCGGAGUCGCUUUCUUCAUUCAUCCAUCGGAUGUAAGGGAUCGAACAGCAGUCAAGAUGAAAUCUGCUACGGUGAUUUUUGUUUUGGGAUUUCUUUUUCUGUCACAAGCAUGGAGCCGCCCCCUCAGCCUCCGAAAGAAAAGAGCUCAAGACGACUCAGACGAAAAUAAGGAGCAGAAGUUGAAUUCUCAGCUUCUUGAAUGUUUUAUAAAAUUAAUCGAUGUUUCAAACCACGAAGUUAAUAAAGAAUGUGUCAGAAUUCUUGAAGACGCUUAUCCCAGCACAGCGAACGAACUACUUGACAGACCGGACGAAGAGUCGAAUAGUGACGAAGGCGAUUCCGAUUCCGGUGCCUCUGACUCCAAUGAGAGUAGCGAUGCGGACUCAGAAGAAGAAUCGGACUCCGAAGAUGCGUCCGAAGAAGACGAUGACCAAAACGUGCUGGAGGAUUGGAUGUUCAAGUUCAACAACAAACUGAAUGACAUAUCCAAUGUCGUACACUACGAUAAAGAUAUCGUGGAAAACAUCAAAGCUAUGCUCUUUGUCGUGAACAAAAAUCAAAAGUUAAUGGAGCAAGCUAUGUUGGAGGGCGUUGAAGAAGAAGAAGAUGACGAAGAGGAAGAAAGCGACAAUUCUGAUAGCGGGGAUAGUGGUGAAGAUAGUAGUGAAGGCGAUAGUGACGAUGAUUCAGAGGACGAGUUCAUCGAUAGCGACGACUCGGAAGACAGUGACGAAUCGAAGGAAGAGAACUCGAGUGACGAUGACGACGACGACGAAGAAUCCGAUGAAGAGAAUCAAGAGUCUUCAAGUGACGUCACAACGAUAUCGAUGACGCAAAGAGGAAACGGAGUUUUAACGGCGUGCGACCGAAAUCAUCGACCGAGAAAGAGAUUAUUGAAAAGGCCAGAGUUAUAGUGGAAUUACUGAAAAAUCUAAAAAUAAGUGAUUUGAAGAAGCUUGUGAAUGAGAAACCGGAUAUUGAUGAAGACGAAGACGAAAGCGAAAGUAGCGAGAGCGCUGUCGAAGAGGACGAUGAUGACGAAGAAGAAUCGGAGAGUUCUGAUGAUUCAUCGAGCGAGGAAAACGACUCUGAAGAAAGCGAAAACAGUGAUGAAAAUGAUGACGAUGAUUCGGAUGUAAAUGAUGACGAUGGCGAGGAAUCGGA